AUGAAUAUCAUCAUCUAUCAGCUUGUAAACCAUGGAGUGGACUCAGGAUUCUUGGACAAAUUCAAGUCGGAGAUUCAAGCUUUGUUCAACCUUCCCAUGGAAGAGAAGAAGAAGCUUUGGCAACAACCAGGAGAUCUUGAAGGGUUUGGACAAGCCUUUGUGUUUUCAGAAGAGCAGAAACUAGAUUGGGCAGACUUGUUCAACCUUAACAUGCAACCUCCUCCAUCACGCAAGCCUCACUUGCUCCCCAAGUUACCUCUCCCCAUUAGAGAUGCACUGGAGACGUAUUCAGAUGAAGUGAAAAACAUAGCUAAGAUCUUAUUUGCGAAAAUGGCCAGCGCUCUAAAGAUCAAACCCGAGGAAAUGGAGAGCGUGUUUGAUGAUGAGUUAAGGCAGAGAUUGAGGGCUAAUUACUUCCCGCCUUGUCCAGAGCCCGACAAGGUUAUUGGUCUGACUCCGCAUUCCGAUGCUACUGGACUCGCAAUAAUCUUGCAGGUUAAUGAAGUGGAAGGUCUCCAAAUCAAGAAAAACGGCAAGUGGGUCUCCGUCAAGCCUCUCCCAAAUGCUUUCAUUGUCAAUAUUGGAGACGUCUUAGAGAUCGUAACGAAUGGGACAUACAAAAGUACGGAGCAUCGUGUGGUUGUGAACUCAGAGAAAGAGAGGCUUUCUGUAGCGGCAUUUCACAUUGCGGGAGUGAGUAAAGAAAUUGGUCCGCUGACAAGUCUCGUGGAAAGGCAAAAGGCUGCGUUUUUCAGAAACGUGACCACCGAUGAGUAUUUGAAAGGCUUGUUCUCCCGCGAGCUCGGUGGAAAAUCUUACCUCGAUCUUAUGAGAAUCUAA